AUGGGAAAAGUUUCUAUUAUCGCAUCAUUAGUCGUUGGAUUUGUAGCUAUCUCAAUCAUCUGUUUGUCUGUUGGAUUGAUUUAUAGGAAUAAAAAGGCUAAAGUUGAUACUCCUAGCACUGAAAUUAUUUGGUCCUUCCACUUAGAAAAUGAUUCUGACUUGAAACUUAAAGGCAAUCUCGAUGUUAUUGACGUAAACAUUCUUAAAACAGAGAACUAUUCCGUGGGCACAUAUAAUGCUAAUGUUAAUAGCAUUGAGCAUGAAUUUCCUACAGCCAAACUCACUGGAUGGACUCACACAUAUCAACAACCUCUCAUGAUACAGAAAUUUGUUGUUGAAUCCAAUGAGGUCAACUUUUUAAAAGUUGAACCUAUUUCUGGUUUCACGGUUUUCAAUAAUCAAGAUUCAGGUGACUUCGUAACAAUUUGGCAUGAUGAAGACUUUCAUCACUAUUCUCCCAAGGGACAACUUCUAUCAAUAGGUCCAUUCCCAUUUGCAAAUGGAGAUGAUUCAAUCAAUCCAAAUGAUCUAGAAAUACCUACAAAAAUUUCUGAACCUGAACCAGAAGUUGAUUCUACUACUGAUACUGAACUUGAUUCGGAUUUGGAUGCUACCUACAUGAUUAAAGAACCUGAAGUUGAACCUACUAUUGAACUUGAUUCGGAUUUGGAUGCUACCUACAUGAUUAAAGAACCUGAACAAGAAACUUUCGUCAAUAUUCUCCCUGAAAUGAAUCUCACUAAAGAAGAUUUAGUUUUUGAUCUUUCAGCUAUUACUCUUGCUACUGAGGAAACUCCUUAUAAGAUUAUACAAGGAGAUGAUGAAUUGAAUAUUAAGAAACAUAAGGUUGAUGAUGUUUUUAAGAAGUACAGCUGUUCAGUCACUAACGACAGGAAGUUUAAACCUCAUAUUAGGCAUUUCCUCUCUAAUUUCGAACUCGAUUGUGAAAACGUUUCUGAACUUGAGCUUUAUGUUGGUGAAUACGACGAACCAUUGUGUAUUAGAUUAAAAGAUCAGACUGGAUUUAAGACCUAUGUCCAUAGAGGAAACAACAAAUGGGAAUCCAUUAAUGUUCAAGAGUUGAAUACAAAUAUUCUUGAUGAACACUACCUUUUGCUAAGGGAUGAUAUUACAAUGAUUGAUUUUUCCAAAAAAUCAGGGAAUUACAAAUUUGGUAAGUAUAAGGUAUAUGUGACUGAACCUAGUUCAUCUCUACCAGAAUCUGACCCUAGUUCAUCCGAUACAAAUCUAUACCCUGGAUUCAAAGCAUAUAUUCACACUAUUUAUAAUGAUACUGAUAGUUCCGUUGACUUCACCAGUGUCAAGGUUCACAGGUUCAAAUAUGGAGAACUCGGUCUUACUGGGUUUAUGCGUCAUUUCUUAAUACGUAAAUUAUACGUUUAUUUCUGGGAGCCGGAACCAACAAAACCAAUUUAUAUAAGGAUGUUUGUACAUCUUGGUUUCUUAAACUACUUUGGUUAUCCUCAUUACAAUCUACAAACAAACACUUCUAUGUUCACUUAUUACUUAACACUUGCUAACUUUGAAGUGAAUAAUGUUCUGGCUAUCAAUCUAGCAAGACAUGAUCCAUACGAUUUUGAAGGUGGUAUUUCAAGUUAUCAAACCCGAAAUCAAUUAACAGUGAAACGUCAGGAGGAUUAUCCUCUUAAGCCUUUCAGGAGAUGUGUUCAUACCCUUACUGUAGAUGGUGUUAAUAAACCAUUUAGCAUUUUAAAGUUUAUCAACGAACCUAACCUGAGUGUAGACCAAACCAAAGUUUCGUCAUUGGAAGCAUAUUAUCACAAUAAACAUUUGACUAAACCACUUUUGGUCAUUUUGAAUGGAUCAGUAAGACAGAAAUUUUAUAAGCUCGAGAAUAAUGGUUAUGUUUCUAUGGAUAACCUUAUUGUUGAUUUAAAAAACACCUUGAAAUAUUUGGUAUAUCAUAAUUACAAAUAUCUUAAAAUUGAUGUUUCAAAAAUGACCAAUUAUCAUUACACAGGAGAAUCAACUACAUCUUCAUUACCAGAUGCCGAUAUUAUGGUAUCCGUCGAUGAGGUCCAACUGAGUGAAUUCUUUAAGUUUACUCACAGUCUUAGGCUAGACGGUAUUCAAUCUAAAUUUAGAUUAAUUGCAUUGGAUGGUGCUGAUAUUACUUUUGAUGAUCCAGAAUUAACAAGUGUAGAUUCUUACUUUCUUACCAAAGAUAAGCUCAUUCCCUUAAUCGUUGUUCUUAGAGGUGCCGUGGAUGUUGCUUAUGUUUAUAAAAGAAAAAGAUACCUUAGAGAGUCAAUUAACACCUCUAAUCCAUUGGAUGUUUUGAGAAGACUAGCACAUCAGAAUUUUGAUUCACUUUAUUUGAAGUUAGAUCAAACUUCUAGUUACUAUGACAAACAACAGGAUGGGUUUAGUGUAACUGUCUCUAAUGGAGAUACAUCUCAUCAAGGGUAUACACAUUAUGUUCACACAUUUGAAACCCCCAAUGAGCCACAUAAAAAAUACAACAAUGUAAUAUUUCUCAAUGCGAAAAAUUACUUUCAUCUUAAAAUAGAUGAAAGUCAUUAUGUAAAAGCAAACGUCUAUAUUGAUAAUAAUAAGUUUCCAUCCAUUGUCUCACUUAUUGAUGACAAAGGAACUGGUUGUCAUUUCAUUUUCCAAGAUAAUGUUUAUAAAAAGGCAAAGGAAGAAAAUGUAAAUACGAAACUUUCCUCUGGUAGUCAAACAACCUGA